GGAGGAGGGAGAGGGGAGACCUAACACUUAUCAACAAGCGGGUAACCAUUUCCAUUUUAAACACAAUUUCCCCUUUAAUUCCCCGGCCUUACCUGCCCUUACCGUACCUGGAGGAGGGGGAGGAGGCCUAAUUAACAGGUGCAAAGGCUCACUCUCGACGAUGUGAAGUGCAUCCCUUGCCUGCACCUACCUACCCAUCCCACGUCUAGCGCCACACCCACGGCACACACCCACGCCCGCACCCCACACCACACCGCAGCCAUGACGCAGCAGCUCCACAGUUACUCGGGUCAAAACUACGACCGCUGGGUGCAAAGGAACAGCAGCACCACCACGCUCGGGAAAGUGCAGAAGCAGUUUUGGUUCACGAAAAGCGCGGUUAUUCGAAAGCUUGGGAAGAAGGAGGACGAGCAUGUGGUGGCGUCCGAUGCUGAGCUGGAUGCCAAGAUUGAGCUGUUUAAAGCCAUUGAAACCAGCACCAAGAAUUUGCAGGUGCUGCUGGCUGACUACCAGAACAAGAUCUGCCUGAUGGCGCAGGAGGAGAACGCCCUGGGUCGCCUACUGAAGGAGCAGGGCAAGCAGGACAGGACGCGGGCAGGGAAGGUGAUGGCAGCCACGGGGAAGAGCCUGAGCUACACGGCCCAGCAGCGCGUGGCACUCAGGAACCCCCUGGUGCGGCUCUUCCAGGAAGUGGACACGUUCUACUCACGUGCGGUGGAGGACACGGCAGCCACGGUGACGGAGAUGGAGAAGGUGAGGACGGAGUACCGCGGGGCACUCAUGUGGAUGAAGAACGUGUCGCAGGACUUCAACCCAGACCAGCACAGCCAGCUGGAGAAGUUCCGGGAGGUGCAGGGCACCGUCAAGCUCAAGAAGGCCAAGUUUGACCGCAUGAAGCUCAAGUCCCUGCAGAAGGUGGACCUCCUGGCCGCCUCGCGCUGCAACAUGUUCUCCCACGCCCUCAUUGUUUACCAGAACGGCCUGGUGGCCUUCUCGGAGAAGGCAGCACGCACCAUGAACAACGUAGCCAACAGUUUCAAGGGCCACCAGCCGUACCAGUUCAUGGUGAUCCGGGAGCUGGCCGACAUGCCCCUGGACGAGGAGGAGGCUGCCCAGGGGGAGGGGGAGGCAGAGGAGGGGGAGGCGGAGGCUGAGGGUGACGGGGAGAAGGUGGACGGCGACGAGAAGACGUUCUUCAAUGCUGAGUACCACGACCAGCCCAGGAAAGGGAAGGAGAAGGGGGAGCAGGGUGGCAGGAAGGCCAAGGGCAAGGCCAGGAAGGCCGAUACCAAAUCCAAGACCUCUGACAGCCUCAUGAACCUGCUGGAGUGUGAGGGCGGCAUUGAUGGGGGAGGUGAGGGAGGGGGGGUGGAGAACGGAGGCCGGUCCCCCCUGGUGGACCUCCUGGGCCCUGAGCCUGAGCUGCCGCGCAAUGAGAGUGAGACGCAGCAGCUGCUGAGGGAGCUGUUUGAGAGUCCCGUCCGCCAGCCGCUGCCAGUCUUUGGCAGCCUAGAAGUGGCCGCAAGCUCUGCCGCCGCCGCCGCAGCUGCCUCAGGUUCUGUCGCAGACCCCUCGGACCCCUUCUCCCUCCCCCCGCAGCCCUCACAGCCCGGCCAGCCCCCACAGAACAUGUUCCUGCCGUCACAGCUUCUGGACUUUGGCAUGCAGGGGUGGCCACAGACCCCCACCACACCCACCAGCCAGGCCCCCACCGGCCCCUCCACCACCCUGGCCGCCACCACCACCACUGGCCGCCCCACCACCACCAACACCACCACCUCUAACACCACCAGCCUGAAGGAUGAGGUGCAGAAGCUGGACUGGUACAAGGUGUUCCAGGACAUUGACCCCCUCGGUGACCCCGCCAGCGCCCUCUUCAACACCUCCGGCGACGAGGGCAAGCAGUGCUAGGCCGGGGCAGCCUCCGUCAGAUCUUCCGGGCCACAGUGGCCGCCACACUUGUGUUGACGCCUUAGUGCAUGGACGCCCCUCCCGGCACCCUCACACUCACUGCUCACACCACCCACUGUUGCCAUCUCCUGAGGUGCCCCAUAAGGAUGACACCUGGACUAACACCUGGAUGUCACUGCCUACCUGUCUCAAAGGCGCCCCAAGACACCCUCAGCAUGGCAGUUCAGUCGUGUCCUUGUGGGUGUGUCCUUGUUUCCCUGGGCCAGGCGGGGGUGAGGUGUGGACAGCUGGAGUGUGGAGGCGGCCGGGAGUGUGGUCCUUGCCGUGCACCUGAUAAGGGAGUGUUUUCUUGGUUAGAUCACCACCACCACUACUGCUAUUAUUUCCACUACUAUUACUUCUACUGCUGCUGCUAUUACUAUUAUUUCCACUACUAUUACUUCUACUACUGCUGCUAUUGCUUUUGCUAUGAGUAAGUGCAUUUGCUGAUUGUGCAUUUAUAUUAACAUUUCUUGCUUUAUUUAUUUUAUUUCCGGUAGUUCUUAGUUAUUUUAUUUCCGGUAGUUCUUAGUUUUUUUAGUAGGGUUGAGUUGAUUAUUUUUAUGCAGAGAGCAAGCAACCAGCUCACUACCACCACAACCACCACUACUACUACUACUACUACUACUACUACUACUACUACUACUAAAUUGCUUCCACCACCAUCACCACCCCUACCACUACCAAUGAUAAGCCAAAUAAUGAUAGAGUUUAUACAAUACUAGUCACGGCAUCGCACACACGGCCAGUCUCUCUAUUGCAUCUAGUCUGACACACACACACACACACACACACACACACACACACACACACACACACACAAACCUAUGAUAAUUUUUUAACCUCCCGCAUAAUUAAAUAUUCCUGAUUUUUAAGAGCUAUGUCAUAGAUCAAGGAGCUCGUUAAAGGUGUGUGUUUACCUGUGUGUCUAUCUCUCCAUCUCAGGUAUUGCAUGCACACCUGGAGAAGUAAUUAGUGCUCCCGUUGCCCACUUUCACACCUGUCCCUUUGAAAUAACUUGGUUCCUCUUUUUAUUCUAUUUCUUUUUCAUCUUCUUCUUCCCCUUCUAUUCUUUUUCUUCUUCUUCUUUCAUCGUCAUUGUCAUCUUCUUUUUCUUCCACUACUUUUUCUUCUUUUUCCUACUUCUUUGUCUUCUAAAACCAUUGGGUGUCAUAGCAAAUUUUUCCCUUCCUUUCUCAUCUACAAAUUUUCCUGUUUCUUCUUCGAUAAUCCGUGUUUUAAGAAUCAUUCCAAGUGUUUUACUACAGUGCUAAGUGUUUUAAAAGUGAUCCAAUGUGUGUGUUUGUGUGUGUGUUUCGUGGAUUUUAAACGUGAAAAAUGUUUGGGUUAUACGGAUUUUCCAGUGAUGUUUGUAUGUGUUAAAAAAGAAUUUGUAUUGCAGUGGAGAAGGAAACACUCACAACACACACACACACAUACAUACAUAUAUACA